GAACCACUGAACCAACUUUGCCUGAGUUAUUGAAGUCAAAAUUUGUCUUCUAGUUGUCGGUUUCCUUGACUAAAUCAAGAAUCAGCCAUGCCAAUGGAGGAAAAAGAGUUGUCCCACAGUGGAGACCAUCGUCCUCCUCUCAUCCUAGUCAGAGGAGUUCCCCUGGAAAACUGGACCGCCAAAAACUUAGACUCCGUCAUGGCUUUCCGUCCUGAUCCCUCAGACAUCCUCAUAGCCACCUACCCCAAAGCAGGGACCACAUGGACCCAGGAGAUAGUCGACCUGCUUCUUCACAAGGGAGACGCUGAAGCCUGCGGACGAGCCCCCACACACAUCCGCAGUCCAUUUCUGGAGAGCGCCUUCCCACCACCCAGCCCGUCAGGUCUUGAUCAUCUGAGGAAUAUGGAUCCCCCGAGAUUUAUUAAAACACAUCUUCCUUUUCAAUUGCUGCCUUCUGGAUUUUGGGAAAACAACUGCAAGGUUAUCUACGUGGCACGAAAUGCCAAAGACAACAUGGUGAGCUACUACCACUUCGACCGUAUGAAUAUGUUCCAUCCUGAGCCGGGGCCAUGGGAGGAGUAUAUGACCAAGUUCAUGCAAGGACAGUUGGCAUGGGGCUCCUGGUACGACCAUGUGAAAGGCUACUGGAUGGAGAGAGAGAAGAAAAAUAUCCUCUACCUCUUCUAUGAGGACAUGAAAGAGAAUCCUCGGCGUGAAGUGGAGCGCAUCAUGAGGUACCUGGACUUGUCUGUCUCUGAUGAGGUCAUCAGUCGGAUUGUGGAGCUCACGUCCUUUAAGAGCAUGAAGGAGAACAAGAUGGCCAACUACUCCUGGAAGCCAGCAACUGUUUUUGAUCAGUCCAUCUCCCCCUUCAUGAGAAAAGGUGCACCACCGGUGGGAGAUCCACCCCCAAAACCUCCUCCAUCAACCCAAGGUGGAUGCACCGCUAUGAAUAAUGUAACACAGAGGGGUGGAGGCCACCGGGCGUGUGUAGAGGAAAAAAAAGAGAGGGGUAGUUCCGCCUCCUCCCUCACCACCCCCUUCUCCUCUCAUUCUCCUCCUCUUCGCCUGUUCACCCAACCCCCUCGCUGCCGGCCGCACUGCAGAAGGUCAGAGAGAGACGAGGAGGAGAGAGGCACGGAGAGGCAGAGGGAAAGAGACGAGGGGUGGGGUGCUGCUUGGAUGUACAAGAACAUGAGAGGAGAGUGCGUGGCCGAGCGAUGA